AACUGUAAGGAUCUUUGCAAGCAGGAGUAUCAGGAAGAUCACCUCCAGGAUGCAUACUAGAAGAGCAGUCUUUGUCUACUUAGAUAGCGGCACCAUGAUCAUGAGAUUACAAUUUUUUGGUCUGAGUUUGCUGCUUGUGCUUCUCACGAGGACUAUGAUAAUGAUUUUCAUCCGCUCUCGCACAAAGACAGAUAACAACAAAACAAAACAUCACAAAUUACCUAGGUAUGCACAAGAAUGAACAUCUUCACAAGGUGAAGGUACCUAAGUAUUCACACCCAACAAGAAGAUCAUGUCGAAAAACACGCGACGACCAAAACAAAAUACGACGCCCACGCCUCCGACUAGCAAGAUGAAGCUGUCGUCAUCGGAUCGGGCAGCAAUACAGGGAUUGCUUGCGCAGCGCAAGUUAGUCACAGAGAAAACCGCAGAAACAUAUGAGUUUCGUAUCGCAGUUAUGUGCAGCAGACUGCCACAAGGGCGUAGUAGAGGUUUGACACACGAUGAUACAAGUCGCACGAUUAUACUAGAAACAAAUAUCAAUAUAAUUUGGUGGAUAGUAGCCGUCGCGCGUCGCAAUGUGUAGCUCCAGCUUGAUUACAUUGUACUAACAAAAGGCUUCCUGCUCACGCUCACUAUCUAAAAAAGGAGCUAAAGCUAAAGAGCAUGAACUGCCGGCAUGUACGACUUCGGUACAGAGUAAAGACAAAAGCCAACUUGUCACCGACAAGUCAACGUUUUAAGGCUUUCUCUAACUCCUCGUCUUACUUAAAUAUGAAGCAUCUUUCUUUGGUGCCUUCUUGACGAGAAAAACACCUCAGUAAAGUAAGUAUGCUGCUUUUGAAGAAAAUAAGAAAUUAUAUGUUGGUAGAAAAAGUAUCUGAAUAGAUGUUGGUGAAUGGGUAGAAGGGUCUAAAUGUUGGUGGAAGCAGUCUCUUCCUUUGAGGAGUUUCAGACACGUGGUGUUGGACCCGUUCACGCAGAAAUAUGGCGGAGGCUUGCCAGCCUAAGGGAGAGGGUAGUCAACUUUUAUGGAGUACAGCAUUCAGAGUCAGAGAAACAGAAAAUAUGUCUACUAAGUGCCUCCACUAGCAGGGUAAUGAACUCCAAUCCACCCAUGCUUUUUGGACUGUACCCCAGGAUUGGGUUAGCUACUGUUACUACUACUACUACUGCAUGACGAAGGAGAAUGUAGAAUGAUCAAAACUUUUCUGGACUUGGUAGUUGUACAACUGCUUCAGCUUCUUAGAAGUUAUCAAUAUCGCGGCUUGGCUCAGGAGGAGACGAAGCUUUCGUUCUCAUACCUACUGUGCCCUGCAGAAUAGCAAGAGUAGAGUUACUAGACGGAUACCAAGUUUGAAUAAGGAAGGAUCGAUUAGGUUAUCGAGUUUUGAUAAGGAAGGAUUAGAUGGCUUACUCUGAGGAUCAUAAGGAAGAUAAUUCUCUGAAUCCUUGCAAGAAUAGGGGAGAUCCUUCUCCAAGAAGUCCAGGUUUUUUGUGUGAACAACUCGAAGAGCAGUAUUAGACGUGAAGGUGAACGUGAUCGCUUUCGCAAAUUUAAGUACAACAAAAGAACCGGACAUCACACAGUACGUCGCUAUUCACAACGAACAUCUUCACAAGUUACCUCCAAGUUAGUAUUUACACGGAACGACAAGAUGUCAAAAACUACACGAACCAAAAAUACAACGACCACGCCGUCGCAUUGAAUACAAGAGUAGGGAUACCGAGAUGGGGAGGACCGAGUAGAUGAAACAAUGCGCGCUCUAACCAUAGCAAGGAGAUUGCACCAAGCGACAUACACUCCCAGAAUUUGCCGCCCCGGAAAGCACCUACCUAAGAGGAGCACAAUGAAGGAUCGAGUGAUGAGGAAUCAGAAGCGAAUAGCGAGUUGGGUAUCCUUGGAGCAAAAUGGGCAUGUGUUUUCGCUGCGAAUGGUUAUUGCACUCUGACUAUAACUUACAUUUCCAGGAUCCUUAUCGUGGACAUCAAGAGGCGCUGUUACGAGAGUUAGUAGCUGUUUUGAGAUAGAUGAAAAGAUACGAUGAAUGGCGUUACUGCGGUUCGAUGCCUGUGUUAUCACAAAUGAUAGCACUAGGGACGAAAGGAUACAUAGAGGGAGCAGUACUCAGUUCUCGAUCGCAGUUUGUCAAGAAGUGGCGCAGAUAGUUAUGCUCUAUCUCUUUUGAGAGUCUUCAGGAUUUAGGAUCAAUAUACGUGACUGUUCUCAUCAUAAUGCAUCAUGCCAUUCUUUGAUGUUGUUUGUCGAACAUUGCUACAGAUUUCUCUAUAGUUUUUGGAGAGUUUGAAUCUUCCAUUUUGAAAGUCUCAAUUGUGGAAUCUUUCACGACUUGGAAGUUUGAAACUUAUAGACGUUGAAACUAUGAGAGUUUCAAACUUUGAGACGUUGAAACUAUGAGAGUUUGAAACUUUGAGACGUUGAAUCUAUAAAACUUUAGAGUUCUGAAGUCCUAAGAGUCUAAAAGAUUGUUCAACUCUAAGAUUUUCAUGAAUUUCAUAAUUUUGAAUUUCAAAAUCUCUCUUAUAUCCAAGAAUUUUCAGUUAUAUCGCCUAAAAUUGAAAUUCAUUUCCUGACGAGCGCUUUGACAGACAUCACGAAUCUGAUGAAAAUCAUGGAUAUGCGCGAUUCUCUUGAAAAUCAUUACAGCGCCUUUCACUGCACUGGAUUUCGAUCAUUUUAAGAUGCUUUCACAAUCGAACCAUUUAGAUGGCAUCAGUAGUUUUAGGUAGUUGUAUCAAUCUCAGAUUUUUGAACCUUGUCUGUCAGUGAUACUUCGCAUUUACAACGAAAAAGCAUAAGGUGCUGCUGUUUCACAACUUCAAACAAGUGCAUAAUUCAAGCACAAGCUGCGCCAUUUUCUUACUGGGAUUCACAUGGAUGUUGGUAUUUAUUACAGGACAGACAGGCUUUCCUCUCCA